AUACUUCCGGUCAAACGUGCACGCACCGGUCACUGAUCAUUAUUCUUUCAGGAGCUAACAAGUAAGCAGCUUUAAGGACCGGACAAUCUUUUUCCUCUGGUUUGUGAUUUGAAAAUGGAGCUUAAGGAACGAAGGGCACAGGCAACGUUAAAAGAAAAACUUUCUGAUCAUUAUCGCAAACGAGAAUUCAAACCAUCAAAACGGGAUAUAAGCAACUUGGGCGUUAAUUUUUUCUGGGGAAUGACAUUCUCUUUAUUUUUUAUCUCACAAUUUAUUCUCAUUCCAAAUCUGUUCAGUGGUUGGUAUAUGAUUGGAAUGAUUGCUUUGGUAUGGUUCACAAUGUUUGAGACAACCAUAAAUUGGAUGGGAAUGUAUUUUGGAAGCACAAGUUAUGUCGAGAAGGAGCUUAGGGCAAAGCAUUUUCCCGAGGCCACAGAAAACCCCACUGGAUGGCAGUACUGUCUGACGUGUCAGGUAGAUGCACCACCAAGAUCAUUCCAUUGUUCCUAUUGCAAUGCCUGUGUUCUAAAGAGAGACCAUCACUGCUUUUUCAGCAACUCUUGCAUAGGAUUCUACAACCAAAGAUUUUUCAUGCUUUUUAUUCUGUACAUGGUUUGGGGGACCAUAUUUGCUUUGUAUCUGUUGAUAUCUUACCUGAAUGAAUUUCAUCCAAUAACCUCUUACUAUGAGAUUUUAACAUUUUUCCCAUUGGCAACUAUAGCUCAGUUUUUACUCGGCUAUCUUUCUUUCUUAAAUGCAUUUGUGAUCAUACUGAUUGUAUUAUGUCUUUUGUGUCUGGCCGCUGCUAUAUUUUUCUUAAUUUUUGAAAUUAUGUUAAUGUGCAAGGGCAUGACAUCUUAUGAAAUGCAUAAAACUGGUCCUAUCUAUGAUAAGGGUUUGGGCAACAACAUUAGAUCUAUAUUUGGACCCAUUAAAACUAUUCCUUUGCAAAUAAUAUGUCCUCUAUUCCCUGUUGAUCAACAAAAUGAUGGUUCAAAAUGGGAAUAUACAAGAAUUAAGGGUCAGUGAAUGCACUCUAGUUUCCUCAGCUAAUGUGUUCAUUUGAAAAUAGAAGGGUGCAUAAUAUUUUUCUUCAAUCAAAUUUUUUACCUUACGUGUAUCAUAUUCCCGUAUUGUGAUAAUUUAUUUUAACAUUACGUAAAAUGUACAUUUUGUAUCAUGGGUUUUAAAUUGUAUUCACAAGUAUGACAAUCUGAUGAAUGCUCAUUGUUUGAUAUUGAUACAGUUUUAAAUUAUUUCAUUGAAUAAUGUGUAUUUAUGAAAUACUAAAUGUUUUGUGACAGUAUUUUUUUUUUUAAUGUGUGUAUGUGCAUCCAUAACUUAAAGUACAUCGAU